GUCGCGUCAGUGUGAGCGCGUUCCAGUAAGAACCGCAGCGCGUCUGCUCCACGUCACUCACAUUUCCACGCAGUCCAGCAGCUGCUGUCGAGGCAGUGCACACUACAGAGUGAACACUAGUCACUGCAGGUCCAGUCUGACAGGAGAAGCGCGGGUUCAGACUGAGACUGAGACUGAAGAGAGAGUGACGCUGAACACACAGAAAGAGUUCAGAGCCCCCUGCUGUCACCCAGCCUGCGCCAUCGGCUACAAUGAGUGCCAAAUCGGCCCUCAACAAGGCGAUCUUCAUCCCGAAUGAUGAGAGGCUGCUGGCAGCCGUGCAGGUGAAGAGGAGGACGAAGAAAAAGAUCCCAUUUUUAGCUACAGGAGGCCCUGGUGACUACACCACAUUCGUUUGCUUAUCAGUGACCAAUAAGAAACCGGCGCUGGUGUUCCUCACGAAGGUGAAGCAGUUUGGAGGCUCCUCGUCUUUCGUCCGGAGAUCACAGUGGACCAUCAGUCAGCUGCGGCAGGUCAACGGCAUCGACUCCGUCCGAGAUUGCCCAGAGUUUGACUUGAUAUUUGAGAACGGAUCUGACCAGUGGACUGCGGGUUCAGCUGGAGAGAAGUGCGUGUUUGUCCAGAUCCUGCAUCACACGUGUCAGCGGUUCAUCCCCGAAAGAAAACCGGAGUUCAUCAACUGCCCCUCCAAACUGCUGGGAGGGAACAGCAUCCUGCACGAGGCAGCAGACACGGUUAGCAGCGCGGUGCAGAAGGCUAGUCAGGCGCUGAACGAGCGCGGCGAGAGACUGGGACGCGUCGAGGAGAAGACGGGCCAGAUGAUGAACAGCGCCCAGCAUUUUGCCGACACUGCACACAAGCUUGCCAUGAAGCACAAGUGUUAAGCCUUUGCCGCCUUUGCCAUACUUUUGGAGAAUCUGCUACAAAUUCCUCACCCCUGCUCAUCCUCUGCUAUCAGAGAGCGUUACGGGACGUGCAUGAAGUAUCAUAUGAAGGACAGUGUGUAUCAACAUGGCUGGGGCCUUGAAAAGAUCGUGCGUCCUCUACACAUGGAUGGGAUACUUGGUCAUUGCAAGCUUAAACAAAGCCUUACUCCUGUGUUCUCACUCUGACAGACCUUAAUUAUCAUUUUAAAAGAUUCAUAACAAAAUAGUUUCAAGGUUCAAAUGCCUGCUGAUAUGUAAUAUCCCUUCUUUUUUCUUUGCUUGAUUGUUUUAACCUAUUGAGUGUUUGAUAAGUGCCAUUGUAAAAAAAAAAAAAAAAAAAAGGCUUUUGCUGAUUUAUUUUUAUUACUAAAAAUAAAGUUCUGAGGCUAAUUUUAAUGGUGCAGUGACCCACAUUCUAAAAAAUGUAGUUCAUCUUAAAUUUUGUGUUGUAAAAUCUACACAGAAGUGCCCUGAGAAAAGACAAGAUUCACACCCUGUUACGCUGCAGUUUAGGAAGGGUUGUGUCCUAACUGGAUGUGUGGGAUGUGUAAGUUCACGUACAGUGAAAGAAUGAGAGGAGACGGUGAGGAGAUACAGCUGAUCCGGUCAGCAGUGGGCCAGUCAAAGAAAAUAUCACGAGGCUAUGGUUAAACUAGACUACAAGUGUAGCGUUCAUUUUUAAACUGACCGAUUUCUGCAUACCUUCAAGUACCAAAUAUCUUUGCAGCAGUUUGAUAGCUUUAUUUCUUUAUUUUUCCAUACAGCUCACACUACAGAUCUGGAACCGGCCAGAGCUACUACAGAAACAUGCACUCACAUAUAUCUUUGGGAAUAUUGUAGCUUUAACCCCCCCCCCCCCCCCAAAACUUUACUAAAAAUAUAUGCAGCUAUUAAAAUAACAUGAAACAUGCAACAUGAAUGUUUACACAUAACAAAUUAUGUAUUGAGGUAAUUAAACAUAUUACAAUUUAUACAGUUUUAUCUGGUCAAGUUAUUGUCUGCUGCAUUUUAAACAGGUUUUGUCUUAAGAAACCUCUGCCAAAAAAAAGCAUAUGGCUACUUCUUUAUUGUAUUUUGCAAUGUUAUUUUCCCAUUUCAUUGUUUGCGAAUAGAUAAUGAAAAUGUGACCAAAGUCUGUAUAGUUCUCAGUUUUAUGUUUUGCAUUUAAUAAUCAAAUGAUUCAUAAUCAUUCACAAUAAAUAUACAUAA